AGCCAGUGGUUAGGGACGGCGAUGGGAUGGGUUCCCCGCCGGGACGCCCGCCUCCCCGUCGGAGGCAAAGGCCGCGCCGCCCUUGCAAGAGGCCCGCCCGCGUCUCUCUUGCGCAAGCCCAGGCGUCGCUCCCGACCUUCGGAUCGGAGCGAGUCGUACCUGCGACCAGCUCACGAACCCCUUUCCCGGUCCCCGCGGCGCGUCCCCACGACCCUCGACCAUGAAGCUGCGCCCGGUUGGCGGCGCCGUCGCCUUGUUCCUCGCCUCCUUUCCCAUCACCUACGUCUUGAACGGCCUGGCGAGCAUGGAGCAACCUUUGGUCAUUGUAGCAGUUGGCUUUGGGGCCCUGAUAUUCUCGUUUGCCUUUGUCUACAUCCCAAGUCGCUCCCAGGAUCCUCUCUACUAUGUCUGCAUGGUAUUCUCCUUCACUGCGGGAUUUGAUCUCAUCAUAGCACUGGGAGAAGAUGGAAUUAUGAGCAACAUUAUGGGGUUCUACAUGAAAGAGGGUGAGCGGUAUCUUAGCACUGCUUACGGCAUAAUGAUCUGUUAUUGGGACGCCAUUGUCCACUUCGCCCUCUACCUCUUGAUGAUUGCGGCUAUCGCUGAAAGAAAGAGUUACCGGCAUGUGGGCCUGUACUGGUUUGGAUCCAUUGCGAUGAGCAUGAUUGUUUUUCUGCCGGGCAACGUGGUUGGGAAAUACGGCACUGAGAUCCGGCCUGCCUUCCUCCUCAACGUCCCUUACCUGCUGAUCCCCUUCUGGGCUCUGACAAGGAUCUUCGCCCAGCCCAAGACUUUGCCCAUCGUGACGGCCGACAAGGUUUCUGAAGAGCAGCUCAAAAGCGUCUUUCAGCGCCCGCUGGAUCUGGGCCUCAUGGGCUUUCUGCUUUUCGCCGCGGGCUUCACGCUGUUUCGAGGACUGGUUGUUCUGGAUUGCCCAGCGGAUGCCUGCUUCAAUUACAUUCACCAGCAAGAGCCAAGCCUGCAUGACCCGGUGGCUUAUCCCAAAGUUCAGAUGCUUGUCUACCUCUUUUAUGUCCUGCCGUAUUUUUGCCUCUGCCUGUAUGGAUUGCUUUUUCCUGGAUGCUCCUGGAUGCCUGACUGGGCCGUAGUUUUUGCCGGCGCCAUCGCCCAGGCUCAGUUCUCCCACAUCGGCUCUUCCCUUCACUCGCACACCCCGUUUCCGUACCGCACCCCUGAAGGAGCCUGGUGGCCUGUUGUCCUCCUGAACGUUGCCUAUGCAGUUGGGCCACAGUUGCUAGCUUACCGCUGCCUCCGCAAUCCUGCCUUCUUCUCUCUGGUGGCCGCACGAGAUGAAGACAAGAAAAAACAAUGAGGCAGGAGACUCGCUCCACCGUCUGGUCACAAACUGGAUUGUAUUAUGCAGACCUGAGCCCCACACAUGCGCGCACACACAGUCCAACCGGCUUUUAAAGCAUCUCUGGGGGUUCGGGACCACUCCACAAUUUAUCUUUUUUAAUCCACCAACAGAGUCUGCCUUAUCUACACGGCACACUGGUUUGAAACCAGUUCCAAGUGUGAGCUGGUUUUACAGAGUGGCUAGCAAUGCCCGAGAAAGAUAUCUGGACACCUUAAGGGGGCCCUCCUAUUGUCCUUUAUAUUAUGCAUUCCAUGAGGAUUUGUGCUCAAGAAUCAUAGAAUCAUAGAGUUGGAAGGGGCCUUGUAGGCCAUCGAGUCCAACCCCCUGCUCACAGCAGGAAAUCCACAGCUAAAGCAUCUCCUGCAGAUAGCUGUCCAGCCUCUGCUUGAAGACAUCCAGCGAAGGGGAUCCCACCACCUCCCUAGGCAGUCGGUUCCAUUGCCGAACUGCCCUUACUGUCAAGAAGUUCCUUCUAAUGUCCAAUCUGAAUCUAUGCUCCUGCAACUUAAAACCAUUAGACCUAGUCCUACCCUCUGGGGCAGCAGAGAACAAAUCUGUACCCUCCUCUAUGUGACAGCCCUUCAGGUACUUAAAGAGUGCAAUCAUGUCACCCCUCAGCCUUCUCUUCACCAGACUGAACAUGCCAAGUUUCUUCAACCUUUCCUCAUAAGACUUGUUCUCCAUACCGGCUAUCAUCCUCGUCGCCCUCUUCUGAACCCGCUCUAACUUGUCUAUAUCUUUCUUAAAAUGAGGCGCCCAGAACUGAACGCAGUAUUCCAGAUGAGGCCUGACUAAUGCAGAAUAUAGUGGGACUAUUACUUCCCUCAACCUGGAAACUAUAGAUCUGUUUAUGCAGCCCAAAACCGCGUUUGCCUUUUUUGCCGCAGCAUCACACUGCUGGGUCAUGUUCAGCUUGCGAUCCACUACAAUUCCAAGGUCCUUCUCACACGCACUACUGCUAAGCCGGGUAUUUCCCAUCCUGUACCCAUGCAUUUUGUUUUUGUGGCCUAAAUGCAGAAUCCUGCAUUUGUCUUUAUUGAAUGUCAUUUUAUUAAUUUCAGCCCAAUUUCCUAGUCUAUCCAGGUCCCUUUGGAUUUUAUUCCUGUCUUCCAUUGUGUUAGCUAUCCCUCCCAGUUUCGUAUCAUCUGCAAACUUCAUAAGGCUUCCCUCCACCCUGUCAUCUAAGUCAUUGAUAAAAAUGUUGAAGAGUAUCGGCCCCAGGACAGAACCCUGUGGCACUCCACUCGAAACCUCCUUCCAGUCCGAAGCAGAGCCACCGACGACCACUCUUUGAGUACGGUUUUCCAACCAGUUGUGAAUCCACCUCACAGUAUUUCCAUCUAGUCCGCAUUUGACUAGUUUGCUAAUCAAAAGGUCGUGGGGGACUUUGUCAAACGCCUCGCUGAAAUCUAGAUAGAUGACAUCCACAGCAUUUCCACCAUCUACUAAGCUAGUGACCUGAUCAAAAAAAGAGAUGAGAUUAGUUUGACAGGAUUUUUUCUUGACAAACCCAUGCUGGCUCCUUCUAAUCAUAGCAUUGUCAUCUAGAUAGUUGCCAAUGGACUCUUUUAUUAUCCGUUCUAAUAUCUUUCUCGGUAUUGAAGUCAGACUGACCGGCCUGUAAUUCCCCGGAUCUUCUUUUUUACCCUUUUUAAAGAGCGGGACGACGUUUGCUCGUCUCCAAUCCUCCGGCACCUCUCCCGUUCUCCAGGAUUUCUCAAGAUGAUGGCGAGAGGUUCCGAGAGUACAUCUGCAAGUUCCUUCAAUACUCUGGGAUGCAGUUCAUCAGGCCCUGGAGAUUUGAACUCAUUUAGGUUAACUAGAUAUUUCCUGACUAUCUCCUUAUCAAUCUUGAACAGCAAUCCCGACCCCUUACUGAGAUUGCUACCUAUGCAAGGUUGCACACUGUUCCCUUUUUGGGAGAAAACGGAGGCAAAAUAGGUGUUGAGCAGUUCUGCUUUUUCCUCGUUAUCUGUCAACAUUUUGCCAUCCUCAUUGAGCAGCAGUCCCACCGUUUGCUUGGUCCUUCUCUUGCUUCGAACAUAUCUGAAAAACCCCUUUUUGCUGUUCCUCGCUUCCCUCGCCAGCCUCAGCUCAUUCUGGGUUUUAGCUUUCCUUGCGCUAUUCCUGCAAGCCCGAGCCGCUCGUCAGUACUCUUCCUUGGUGAUGCGUCCUUCCUUCCAUUCUUUAUACAUGCUCUUUUUUACUUUUACCUCUUCCACCAGUCUUCCGUGUAGCCACAUUGGCUUUUUCCGAUGUCUUCCAUUUUUCUUCCUCUUUGGAAUUGUUAGUGAUUGCGCUUUUUGUAAUACGUUCUUCAUGAACUCCCACGCUUCUUGGGCUCCUUUUUUCUUUAGUCUAUCUAGCCACGGGAUCCUACCCAUCAUUUCCCUGAGCUUGCUAAAAUCGGCUUUCCUGAAAUCCAAGGUCCAUGUUUGACUAUAUUCUUCUUUGGCUUUCCCCAGAAUCCCGAAUUCCAGCAUUACGUGGUCACUUUCCCCCAAGGUACCGACCGCUUUAAUUCCCGUGACCAAUUCGUCCGUGUUAGUUAAGAUCAGGUCCGGGAUUGCCGAUCCCCUUGUUCCUUCUUCUACUUUUUGAAAGAGGAAAUUAUCGGCAAGGCCCAUCAGGAAUUUGUUGGAGGCUUUGUGCUUCGCAGAGUUUGUCUCCCAGCAGAUAUCCGGGUAGUUGAAGUCCCCCAUCACUACUACUUCUUGCCUCCUUGAGAUUUCGGAGAUUUGUUUGAGAAGGGCCUCGUCUACCACCUCUUCCUGGCCAGGGGGUCUGUAGUAGACACCUACUACCAUGUCGGUUUUAUUUGUUUCUCCAUUUAUUUUUACCCAAAUGGUCUCUACCUGACCCCUUUGUUCGCUCUCUUGGAUUUCCAUAGAGGUGUAUUUGUCUUUGACGUAUAACGCUACUCCCCCUCCUUUUCUGUUGCUUCUAUUCUUUCUGUAGAGUUUAUAUCCUUGAAUGGCUAUAUUCCAAUCAUGGGAUUCAUCCCACCAAGUCUCUGUUAUCCCUAUGAAGUCAUAUUUGCCUUGAUGCACUAAGACUUCAAGCUCCCCUUGCUUGUUUCCCAAGCUCCGCGCGUUGGUAUAUAGACAACAGAAGUCUCUUUUGUCCCAAUUGGAUUCCUCUGUUAAUAUACCGUGAGCUUUGCCGUGCAUCCCUUUCUCUCUCCCAGUGUCUCCUGUACCCUUCAAAUCCUCAAGAUGGUAUCGGGGCAGUUAUACGCCAUCAUGUUUUCAAAACCAUUUGCUCCUGGAAGAAUUUCAGGUGGCUGCUUUAUUUCCAAUCAGCGCAUGUCCUAGAACUCCCUGCUGAAAUCCUGUAACUUUUUAUACCACAAAUGUUCUGGUUUCUUUUACCAGCUCACACUUGGAACUGGUAACACCGGGGAAGCGUCACAGAACAACUAAUAAAGCUGACUGAUCUGUGAACAGUCCAAUAUAAAUCCACCGCUAAUGCACUGUUACCGUGACAUGUUGCAGUCUGGAGGGGCCCUUUGAAAGCUACAGUUUUUCAGCAGAGGGUGGGGAGAUGUUGGAGAAAAUGUGUAAUGCGGGUGAACUGGGGUUCUUGGGUGCCGGGGGACCAUUUUAUUUGUACUUCAUGGUCAGAGGGGAAGGGGGUGCUAAUUUGUAAACAAAAGGUGCUGUUAAACGAAACAGAAAUGGGAAUAAGGGGCUACUUGGAUAAGUCAUAGUUUACAAAAUAAAACCAUUUAUAGAUGACUAUAGCUGUUUGCUUCUUGUGGGAUGUGGGGGGGCACCCCCUCCCUCGACAUAAGCUUUCCAGCUUCCCCAAACCAGGGCUGAGUUCACUGACCACAAAGGCACAGAAAUCAAUGGACAUAACAACUUAAGUCCAUUGAUUUCAAUGGGUCUAGUCUAAGUAUGGCUCAGGUGGCUACAAUGCAUAAUUUCUGGUCAGGUAUCCGUGGCCCUUUCUACUAGAAAGAUGCAUCGCUCUGAUUAAAAGGACAACAUUUGAUGCCUACCAUGCAAGCACCAAGUCCCCCUCUGCAGCCGUUUUAUACCACCUUCCAUGUCUUCACAACAGCCCUGUGAGAUCGAUUGGGUAUGAG